CCGCCCUCCUACUAAUAUCGCUCCCAAUACCCACCACCCACCACCUUGCUUGGUCCAUGCUGGGGCUAGAGCUAACUGGUCUCGCUCCGGCCACCUCGCCAUGCUCUCCAGCAAAUCCCGGCAUGUGAAAGUUCUCGCCGUCCCUGCCUCCAGCUCCCAAGGCAACUCCAACAAUAACAUCAGCCAACAUACAAAACUAAGGACGGACAAGUUCUUCGAAGUGGAGAUGGCCGUCCAUGACAACGAACUUGACGAGUAUGGAGUUGUUAACAACGCCAUUUAUGUUGCUUACAUCCACAACGCUCGAGAGGAUCUGGCUGCGAGCAUUGGCUUCAGCAUGGCCUCCAUAGCACGCACCGGCAACGCGAUGGCACUUCUGGAGCUGAACCUCAAGUACCUCAAGCCUCUACGACGAGGUGCCAAGUUUGUCGUCAAGGUUAGGAUUGUCCAAAUAAAGGGCGCGAGGAUACUCGUUGAUCACUUCAUCGAGACGCUGCCGGAUCAUAAGCUUGUAUUGGAAGCGACAGCGACCAUCGUCUGCCUCAACAAGGACUACCGUCCGACCCGCGUCUUCCGAGAGAUGUCAUCUAAGCUGCAUCAGUUCUUCUCAUCCAAGGAUGGUUAGCAUGAAGAUCAGUUUACAAGCUAUAAGUUAUUCUAGUUAAUUUCAUGUGCGUUGUAUUGUAGUUAAAAUAUGUUCGCCCCUCUGGAUGUUGGUUGAUUAAAAAUUAGUGAACGAUACUUUAUAGCUUGUAAUUUACCAAAGUAUUACCCCGCAAUAUUUUUUACCAAAGUAUUUAUUUAUAA